CGAUGAGUCUUAUGGUUACAAGGGUUUAGCAAUUAGAAUAUGCAACUUUGACUUAGCCAAGAGUGUUCUUAUCUGGGUCCUUUUAGUUGUUAUCGAUGCAUUUUCUUAAGUAGGUGAAAACAAUUGGUGGCUUCUAAAUGGAAUUGGCCUAUUUCAAGUUGCCCCAUAUCUUGGUUCUGGAAAAGCUUGCCUUUCUCCUGUGUCCAAUAAUGUGCCAGCCUCGCAAUCCAAGACCCAGUUAGGAGUUUAGGAUGAUGAGCAGCAACUAAGGUGUGUGAGGGGCAAUUGGGCUGCAUAUGGAGCGCAUGUACUCGACGUCAAGAAAAACAUUGAAUCUGUAAAAGGUGCAAAUCUCUUUCCUGCCUCACACCAGAUGCUUAUUUAUCAAGGAAAGGUUCUUAUAGAUGGAACUACACUGGAACAUAACAAGGUUGCUGAAAAUAGUUUUAUUGUCAUCAUGCUGUCAGAGGAUUGCCAGAGUAUGAGUUCACCUGGGGAAAAUUCUGUGGCUCCAGCAGCUAUGCCUACAUCCGAGAGUAAGAGUUCGUCUGGAAAAAGUUCAGUGGCAGCAGUAGCUACGCCUACAUCCAAGGGUGAGAGUUCGUCAGGGGAAAGUUUAGUGGCCGCAACAGCUAUUCCACCAGCCAAGAGUGAGAGUUUGCCUGGGGAAGUGGCAGCAGCAGCUAUGCCUAAAUCCAAGGCUCCUGGAACAGCUAUGGCGCCUUCUGUUGAGGCAUCUACUACACCUCCAACUACUGGGACUAAUUUAUCUCUCCCUGCUUCUCUGCCUACACCCCUGCCAGCUUCCGUUAUGUCAUCAUCUGCAUCAGAAUCUCAUGUCCAUAGUAAGACAGCUCCAGAUCUUGUUGCUGGAAAUGGCCUUGAGAAUACAAUCCAGCACAUACUUGAUAUUGGCGGAGGGAUUUGGGAUAGAGAGACUGUUUUACGCGCCCUUCGUGCUGCAUCUAAUAACCCAGAGAGAGCUGUUGAAUAUCUUUAUUCUCAGGGGCUUCUUAAUGUGGGCUCUGAUGCUGCUCCCUCUGGCGCCCUGGAUUUUCUACGUAACAGUGAACAAUUCCAAGCACUGCGAGCCAUGGUGCAAGCUAAUCCCCAGGUUCUACAGCCCAUGCUUCAAGAGCUUGGAAAACAAAAUCCAAACCUUGUGAGACUUAUUCAAGAACAUCAGACGGAGUUCGACCAAUUGUUAAAUGAACCUGUUGAAGGCAAAGAAGGGAACCUACUUAGGCAACUUGCUGCUGCCAUGCCUCAGGCUAUACAAGUCACUCCCGAGGAGCAUGCAACCAUUGAAAGACUUGAAGCUAUGGGUUUCGAGAGGUCAACAGUUCUAGAGUUGUAUUUUGCCUGCAAUAAAAAUGAAGAGCUCACAGCUAAUUACCUUCUGGAUCAUAUGCAUGAGUUUUAGGACUAAGUUGUGACAACUGAUUCUAGCUCGUUCCUUUUGUUGAUUAAGAAAGUUCUGCAAAUCUUUCACGUUGCCAUCCCUUUCGAUGUUCGCAUGUUGCAUUUGGUGAUCAUUGUCCGCAUAGUUUCCUGUAUAUUGCAAAGUUGUCUCAGAGUUUUGCUGCUAUCCUUAUAAUUUGUCCCCAUUUUAUGUAUUCAGUUAGCGUACAAUAAGUACUUGUAAACAAUAGUAUUGUUCAAGUUGUGUUAUCCAUGUAUAGUCAAAUGAGACAGUAAACACCAUUUUAUGUUCUCUUCCUCA